GUGGGGUCCUCAGACUCCGUGGGACUGAAUGAACGCUGACAGGUUUGUUUAUUACACCAGCGAACACUCUUUGUUUAUUUUAACAUUAACGGAAUAAAACCGUUGAUAGAGGUUUAUUCGAGGUUUAAAUUUCAAGGCCCAAGUUUAACUCCAGCUAAUAAAAUACACUUUAACUUCACCGCCUCACUGGAACUGAGAUCACAGUAAGGUGAGGCGUCCACCAGUCCUCCAGCUUCGUCUUCUUCUGUGGUGGAAUCAUGGAGCUGGCCUACGUGUGUGAGUGGGAGAAACGUCCUAAAAGUACUCACUGUCCCUCCAUCCCACUAGUCUGCUCCUGGUCCUGCAGGAACCUGGUGGCCUUCACUACUGACCUGAAGAAUGAGGAUGACGAUAAAGAUGUUAGUCACAUGAUUCACAUCAUCGACACAGAGCACCCCUGGGAUGUUUACUCCAUCAACUCUGGACACACUGAGGUCAUUUCCUGUCUGGAGUGGGACCAAUCAGGCUCUCGGCUGCUCUCAGCAGACGGCGACGGUCAGAUUAAAUGUUGGUCGAUGUCUGAUCACCUGGUGAACAGCUGGGAGAGCGUCCUGUCGUCAUCUCUGGAUGGAGACCCCAUCGUGGCUCUGAGCUGGUUACACAACGGCGUGAAGCUGGCUCUGCAUGUGGAGAUGUCCGGUUCUACAAACUUUGGGGAGAAGUUCUCCCGGGUGAAGUUCUCUCCGUCUCUCACUCUGUUCGGGGGGAAACCGAUGGAGGGCUGGAUGGCGGUGACGGUGAGCGGGCUGGUCACCGUGUCUCUCCUGAAGCCGGGCGGGGCUCUGCUGACGGCGAGCGAGAGUCUGUGUCGGCUGAGAGGCCGUGUGGCGCUAGCUGAUAUCGCCUUCACCGGGGGAGGGAACAUUGUGGUCGCAGCCACAGAUGGUAGCAGCUCAUCACCUGUCCAGUUUUACAAGGUGGUCGUCAGCGUCGUGAGUGAGAAGUGUCGCAUCGAUACCGAACUGUUACCGUCUCUGUUCCUGCGCUGCACCACCGACCCGCUGAGGAGGGAGAAGUACCCCGCUGUCACACACCUCAAAUUCCUCACCAGAGAGAACUCUGAACAGGUUCUGUUGUGUGCGUCCAAUCAGAGCGGCAGCAUUGUUGAGUGUUGGUCUCUGAGAAAGGAGGGACUUCCUGUCAACAAUAUCUUCCAGCACCGCUCACCUGUUGUCGGGGAGAAGCAGCCGACCAUCCUGAAGUGGAGGAUCCUGACCACCACCAAUGACCUGGAGCGAGUGUCUGCCGUAGCGCUCCCUAAACUGCCGAUCUCCAUCUCCAACACGGACCUGAAGGUGGCGUCAGACACCAAGUUCUGCCCUGGACUCGGUCUGGCUCUGGCGUUCCAUGACGGCAGUAUUCAGAUCCUGCACCGUCUCUCCCUCCACACCAUGGGCGUGUUCUAUGGCUCAUCCUCAUCCAACCAGAGACCAGGAGACGAGUCCGCCCUCAAACGCCAGCGAACCGGAGGCCCAGCCCUCCAUUUCAAGGCCCUGCAGUUCUCCUGGACCUCACUGGCCCUGUGUGGGGUCGACAACCACGGCAAGCUCCACAUGCUGCGAGUGUCACCCUCCAUGGGUCAGGUGUUGGAGAUGAACACCACGCUGCGCCACCUGCUGUUCCUGCUGGAGUAUUGCAUGGUGACGGGCUACGACUGGUGGGACGUCCUGCUGCAUGUUCAGCCCACCAUGGUCCACAACCUGGUGGAGAAACUGCAUGAAGAAUACAUGAGACAGAACCAGGCUCUGCAGCAGGUUCUGGCGACACGCAUCGUUGCCGUGAAGGCGUCACUCUGUAAGCUCUCCACGGCCACAGCGGCUCGAGCGUGUGACUUCCACGCCAAGCUGCUGCUGAUUGCCAUCAGCUCCACCUUAAAGUCUCUACUGAGACCACAUGUCCUCAACACGCCUGACAAGAGCCCAGGAGACCGUCUGACUGAGAUCUGUGCGAAGAACACUGACACAGAUAUCGACAAGGUGAUGAUUAAUCUGAAGACGGAGGAUUUUGUUCUGGAUGGACCCCCUCUUCAGUCCCUGCAGCAGCUCAUCCAGUGGGUGGGAGACUUUGUCCUCUACCUGCUGGCUAACCUGCCCAACCAGGGCUCCAUGGUGCGUCCUGGCUUCGGCUUCAUGAGGGACGGGGCGUCUCUGGGGAUGCUGAGAGAGAUGUUGGUGAUGAUCAGGAUCUGGGGUCUGCUGAAGCCCGGCUGUCUGCCCACCUUCACGGCGACAUCAGACAACCAGGACAGCAUGCAGCUGCUGUUCAGACUGCUGACCAAGCUGUGGAUCUGCUCCCGAGAUGACGGCCCCCCCCAGGAGCCUGAUGAGACUCUGAUCGAUGAGUGCUGCCUGCUGCCCAGUCAGCUGCUGGUUCCCAGUAUGGACUGGCUCCCAGUCAAUGACGGCAUCAUCGUGAAGCUGCAGGGGAAACACCCUCUCAGACUGCAGUUUGGAAAGGCCUCAUCUUUGCCAGGAGGGGGCGCCGCACCGCUGGAAGUAUUCACCAGGAGUCCUGGCUCUCAGAAGAUGGAUAACCUGCGAUGUGUUCAUAUGGGCGUGACUCCUACUGAGGAAAGCAAAGCCUGCACCAGGUGUGGCUGUGUGACGAUGCUUCGCUCACCUAACAAAACGAAUGCCAUGAAGCAGUGGGAGCAGCGCUGGAUCAAAAACUGUCUGUGUGGAGGUCUGUGGAGGAGGAUUCCCCCCACACUCACCUGAACAGCACACAAACACAAAAGAUUACUGUUAUCUGUCUCACCUGUAUGUUCGUCUGCUUGUAAAUAGUUUUGUUUUUUAUUUUA